GUUUCUGCUCCCCUCCUCCUACCUGUCAGCUUUGUGAUGUGUCUGCCUUGAACCCCACCUCUGAUGGCCCACCGGCUGAGGCCGCCAGCCCGCCAGCCCACCUACGUCUAGACCAGUAGUCAAGCAGCUACAUACGCCGUCGUCUAGACUAAUAGUUCAUCAGAUACUCAACAUCAACAUCACCAAGUCCGAGGCGUGUCCCUUACCUUCAGUCUCUGCUACAGGUCGCAGCUUUACCAAGCACUGUUUCAACGCCCCUCCACAGGCCUGGCCGUGACAAGGUUUGACCUUCGACAGGACCUCACCUACGGAGUACUUCGGUACCCCACCACGGGAAACUCCUCUGUCGAGGAGUUGAGCAGCAGGCAUCAUCGUGACAGCCGCCGCUCAGGCUCAGGAACAUCGAACCUUGGCCGCCCUACCACAGUAGCGUCGAGCGUCAAGCCUUCAAGGCUCCCGUCUUGGCCGAAGCAAGACACGCGCGACAAUAGCAAGUAACCUGUCGCGGCGUGUGCUUGCCUAAGCAUUUUCCGAGGAUUGGUUGCCAAGAGCACGUGCGCCGUUUGCUUUUUCGCCCUCUUAUUCAGGUCACCUUGGUCGAUCUGCACCAGAGCCCGUUUGACUACCAUCCAAGAUCCGAGUCCUGAAUCGUGAAUGCUCAAGCUCGAGAUCAUAUCAUCCUCCCACACCUCUCCGUCUCUCUCUCUCUCACGACAUCACAUCCUCAUCGCCUGAGCUGCGCAGUCCCCAUCAGGGCAGCCCAUGGAUGCCACAGCCCGAUCCGCUGCUCCAUUAACUGAAGCCAUCCACCCUCUUGGCCUUGGCUAGCCUCAGGAUGGACCCUCACGGAGUCGGCCCACAUCAGCAUCACGAUGGCAACCACGAUACCGUGCCCUUCCAUCGCAUCUCUCCCGCCCGCAUGGCCACCGGCCUGUCAAACGGCAUCCGGAAGACCAUCACCUUCAUGACAGAGCCCCUGUCCCCGGCCCGCAGCGACUGGGAUCUCGAGUCGGCGCCCUCCACCCCGGGGCUCGAGAAGUUCCGCAGAUGGAGCACCAUCCGCAAGAGCAGCCCCGACGCCUCGGCCCUCUCCGUCGCCCGCCCAGAGACGCCGGCCGAGGAGAAGAAGGAGCCCCCCAGGACCUUCAUGACCCUCCCCGCCGAGCUCCAGAUCGUCGUCCUGCAGCACCUCGACUUUGGCGACAUCGAGCGCCUGCGCCGCACCUGCAGGUACUGGUACGACUUCGCCACGCCGCGGCUGAUCCGGAGCAUAUGGGGGCCCGACACCUUCCGCUCCAUCCUCAUCCGCCACUGCAGGAUCUGCCUGACCUACUGCCCGCGGGACGUCGCCCGGCUCGUCUCGACCCCGAUGGACGCGGGCUACCCGCUCUCCUCGCGGUGUGUCAAGUGCACCAUCCAGAGCCGCGACGGCGCCGUCAGGAUCGGGCGCAAGACCAAGCUGGGCGACUUCACCGACUACUGGACCUGCCGGUGGUGCGGGUGGCCCAUCACCGACGACCUGUGCUCCAGCCACCCGCAGUUCCACAAGUCGUGCUACGACCGGUACGCCCUUGUGCUGCUCGCCUUCUUCCUGCUCGGCUGGCUCCAGUUCUUCCUCGGCGUGGCCGCCUCGGCGCUGUGCUGGCGCUACUUCAGGGCUGACAGGGUGGUUAUGGCGCCCACGGCGACUGGGUUCCUCCUCAUGUGGCUGUGCAUCAUACUCAUCAUGUUCCGGGGCAACAAGGUCAGGACGUAUAACAUCGCGCUGUUUUUGGAGGUGGCGAUCAUAGGGCUGUGGAUUGCUCCUGUCGUCUCGAUUUCAAGGGAGUUCAAACAUGAAAACUCUCAGCUUCCGGUGCGACCAUACACAAUAGCCACCUUGGUACUGAUCGGCAUGAACAUGCUCUUCAGACUCCUAAAUAUCAUUGGGAACAUGAUUCUCAUAACCGAGUACGACCGAACAAGACACUACGUCCCACGGAUACCCAUCUGGCGCCGCUUCAUGAACCCCAUUCUAACAGCAUUGAUCUUUUGGACGUACCCCCAGCAUGCUGAGCGCAAGUUCCCACCUGACUGGAGUUGAUCAGGGGGAGGACGCCAUUCUCAAGACAGGUUGAGGAGUCGCAGAGUUUGGUUGUUCGGUGGAACGAAUUUCGCAGAAGGAGCCAGGCCUCUGCACAGAGAAAGCUGGAUGGAGUUUCACAUUUAGAAUACCGGUGAUGGAGGCCGGUGCAAGCAUGAAGCCUUGGCUGGGCGACCCAGCUAGCUGAUGGGGCAUAAGUGAUAUCAAAUAUCCCUUUGCUGGAUACAAAGCAUUUCCAGGAGUUCCUUGGAACAACUCCGCUUUCCGGUAAACGUUACUGCCUACAAUCUCCCUGAGACUACACAAUCACAAAGUUCCGCCAUGUCUACUCUUCGAAGCAGGCCAUCUGAACGAAGUGAGACAUCGUGCUUUUUUCUAUA